UUUAACAUUCCAAGAUAAAUUGGCUCUCUCUGUUUGUCCCCAAUCUCACCAAGCUCCUACCCUAAGCCCUAAGGUAACUUCCGGAACAUGGUCUACUGCUAUUGAAACUAGAUUGUGUGUCGUGACUAUUUUACUUUGUGAAGCAUUCUUUUUUUUUACAAAAUGUUGGGCUCAUUGCCAAUAUUGCCCCUUCCAGCACCACCAUCUGAUGGUGAUCUUGGUCCUCUGCCUGCAGCCCAAGUACAAGAUGACUCCGGUGAUGAACUUAUGCAAGUGGCUGAGGAAGAUCAAAAUAGGUCCAAUUCUGCCCCUGCAUCAAUCGCUACUCACGCCCGAACAAUAGGAAUCAUCCAUCCUCCCCCUGAUAUUAGAACCAUAGUAGACAAAACCGCAAGCUUUGUGGCAAAAAAUGGGCCUGAGUUUGAAAAAAGAAUCAUUGCUAGCAAUUCUGGGAAUCCCAAAUUCAACUUUCUUAAUGGUUCAGAUCCCUAUCAUGCCUAUUACCAGCACCGAUUGUCUGAGUUCCGGUCUCAAAAUCAAGCCCCAGGCCAGCAGACAACUCAGCAACCCGACACAACUGCUCCCGAGUCAACCCCUUCAGCUGCUACUACAGAUGGCAAUGGCACAACUGAGCAGACUGAUCCGUUAGCAAAGUUUAGACCUGUUCGGAAAGUUUUAGACCCCCCAGAGGCAGAGCAAUUUACAAUUCGGCUCCCGGAGGGUAUCACAGGAGAAGAGUUGGAUAUAAUUAAAUUAACUGCACAGUUUGUGGCCAGAAAUGGGAAAUCGUUUUUGACUGGUUUGACUAGCAGAGAGAAUAAUAAUCCUCAAUUUCACUUUUUGAAGCCGACCCAUAGUAUGUUUAUGUUUUUCACAUCACUUGCGGAUGCCUACUCGAAAGUGUUAAUGCCGCCUAAAGAUUUGACUGAUAAGUUGAAAAAAAGUGUAACCGACAUGACCACGGUUCUUGAGAGGUGCUUGCACCGGCUCGAGUGGGAACGGUCCCAGGAACAGGCGAGACAAAAAGCUGAAGAUGAGAUAGAACAAGAAAGACAGUUAAUGUCUAUGAUUGAUUGGCAUGAUUUUGUUGUUGUCGAGUCCAUAGAUUUUGCUGACGACGAAGAUGAUGAUUUACCGCCUCCAAUGACAUUAGAAGAAGUUAUAAGGAGGAGCAAGAUGUCAACAAUGGAGGAAGAAGAGAUUGUGGAGCCUGGGAAGGAAGUAGAAAUGGAAAUGGAUGAAGAAGAAGUGCAACUUGUUCAAGAAGGUAUGCAGGCUGCAAGUCUCGAUGAGAAUAGUGAUGAUACAAAGAAAGAGUCAAUGGCAAUAUCAGAUGAGAACGAAGCACCAAUGAGGAUCGUUAAAAACUGGAAGAGGCCUGAGGAUAGGGUCCCAGCAGAGAGAAACCCAACUAAAUAUGUGGUUUCACCAAUCACUGGUGAAUACAUUCCGGUCAAUGAGAUGUCAGAACAUAUGCGGAUUUCUCUUAUUGACCCCAAAUAUAAGGAACAAAAGGAGAGAAUGUUUGCAAAGAUUAGGGAAACUACGCUUGCUCAGGAUGAUGAAAUCUCCAAAAAUAUUGUUGGACUUGCACGGACUCGGCCUGAUAUAUUUGGGACGACAGAGGAAGAGGUUUCUAAUGCAGUUAAGGCUGAGAUGGAAAAGAAGAAUGAUGAGCAACCGAAGCAGGUAAUAUGGGAUGGACACACCGGUAGUAUUGGAUGGACUGCCAAUCAAGCUAUGUCCCAGAAUGUGGAGGAUCAAAUUGAUGGGGUGAAUGACGGGCGGAAUCUUCCGGGCCCUGCAGCUCCUCCGCCUAGACCUGGUAUUCCGUCAAUUCGGCCACUACCUCCACCUCCUGGGCUUGCAUUGAAUCUCCCUCGGGUGCCACCUAAUGCUCAGUACACGACUGUGACUAGUGGUGGUCUUGUGCCGCCACCGCCUAGGCCGGGAAUUAACCCAAUGGUUACCCAGCAGCUACGUCCACAACAACCCUCAAUGCAAAUGAACUAUGGUCAGCAAGCUUAUAUGAUGAAUCGACCGCAAAUGGUUCAGUCUAUGUCAAUGAAUCCACCUAGUAUUCCGGUGCCACCACCGCCAGGAUCUCAGUUCACACCUCUUGCACCCCGUCCCUUCAUGCCCCAACAUGGUAUGCCUAUGGCCCCUCCACCACCUAUGCCUUUAGGAAUGCCACCACCACCUCCAACAGAGGAGGCUCCCCCUCCUCCACUUCCUGAAGAGCCCGAGCCAAAGAAGCAAAGACUUGACGAUUCUUUACUUGUCCCAGAGGAUCAGUUCUUGGCUCAACAUCCGGGACCUGUUCGUAUUACUGUGUCGGUGCCAAAUGUGGAUGAAGGAAAUCUGAAAGGACAGUUACUGGAAAUUACUGUGCAAUCCUUGUCUGAGAAUGUUGGCAGUUUGAAAGAGAAGAUUGCUGGAGAGAUUCAGCUUCCAUCAAACAAACAGAAACUAAGUGGAAAGGCUGGUUUCUUGAAGGACAAUCUAUCUCUUGCAUACUAUAACGUUGGUGGAGGUGAAAUUCUUUCGCUUUCGUUAAGAGAACGUGGUGGUAGGAAGAGGUAAAGCAGUGACCAGGAUCACAUCUUUCAACAUUCUAUAUUGGCAGAAGUUGAUUGGAACUCUUGGCAUUCCUGUGUUAUCAAAAUUUGUAUUGCUCUCCGAAAGUUGGUUGAUUUCAAAGUUGAAUGGCAGUCGAUGUAUGGUUUUUGUAGUAAGGAUUAUGUAGACGGUGGAUUGCUGCUUUUACUAUUAGAAUUGAUGUACAAUUUUAAAUGAACGAGUUACAAAUUAAUGUCUCUGGAUCUUUAAAUUCUGAUAUGGAAGUAAGGCUUGGUUUCAUCUA